CUUGGGGUUGUUGCAGGUGUUGUGAAUGUACUCCUGACCACUCCUCUCUGGGUAGUGAACACACGGCUGAAGCUGCAAGGAGCAAAAUUUAGAAAUGAAGACAUUGUGCCGACCAAUUAUAAAGGCAUCAUAGAUGCCUUCCAUCAGAUCAUACGGGAUGAAGGAGCCUUAGCUUUAUGGAACGGUACUUUCCCUUCCUUGCUGCUGGUCUUCAAUCCUGCCAUACAGUUCAUGUUUUAUGAAGGCUUUAAAAGAAAGCUCUUAAAAAAGCAGACACAGCUCACAUCUUUGGACGCUUUUGUCAUGGGUGCAGUAGCCAAAGCAGUUGCCACCACCCUCACUUAUCCUUUGCAGACUGUACAGUCAAUCCUGCGGUUUGGACGCCACAGAUUGAACCCAGAAAACCGAACACUGGGCAGUCUUAAAAACGUUCUCUACCUUCUUCGAGAGAGAGUGAGACGUUUUGGAUUAAUGGGACUCUACAAAGGCCUUGAAGCAAAGCUCCUGCAGACAGUCCUUACUGCUGCUCUUAUGUUUCUAGUAUAUGAGAAACUGACUGCGGCAACCUUCAGAGUCAUGGGAUUAAAGCAUUCGCACACACAUUGAGAAAGGAACCUCUGCCAAAGGUUAUGGGCCCUAGAAAAAUGUAUUUGUUUUUGAGACUGCACUUGGGUAGUAACGGGUCCUCACUUGCUCUUCUUUAGCCAUCUCCAUUCCUUGAAGAAGUUCUGAAUGCCGUCUGUAGGAAGUGUUGCCACAACUUUGGGAAUAGCCCAUUCCCUGCUCUUCUGGGGACUCACUGUGUUAAGAAACAAAACAGAGAUCUUACUCAAACACUUGAAAUGAAAUUCCUACUGCUUUGUGAAUUGGCAGACAGUCACGGUGAGAACGAUUCCCUCACUGUGCUGAACUUUCUGGUUUUCCUUUGAAUUACCUUCAACUACUCUCCCUGUCUUUACCUUCUGUCAGCAGCUGGUGGGGCCGGUUUCUUGUUAUUCUCCUCACACUAUGUUUAUGUCACUCAGUAAUGUGGAUCAUUAAAACAAUUCAGAAAGAUCAA